AUGCUCGGCGCACUACCUUCCCCGUCACGCGACCUGGCUGAGCUCGCCAAAGAAGAAAAGGGCUUCACCUUUAACCACUUCACGUGCGAGCAUGCCUGGGUCAUUGGCAACAUUCUUCGCAACGCGCUCCGCACCGCCGAAUGCCCCGCCCUCAUCCACAUUGCCCUGCCCACCCAGAUCCUCUUCCACUCGCCCAGCCUGCCGGGCAUCAUGCCAGAUCACGAGAAAUGGGUCGAGCGAAAACGAAACACCGUGUUGCGAUGGGGCCACUCGACCUGGUUCAUGAGCUGCCAGUUUGACGGCGACUACAAGACGUUUGCCGAGCACCACGCCAUGAGCGGUGAAGAAUGGACCAAGUACACCAUUGAAGGCGGCGGUUAUCCAGUCUUCGUCAAGGGUGUCGAGGGCGUCGUCGGCGCAAUCGCCAUUGCCGGGCCGGACAUUGCGGGCGUCAACGCGCACAGCCUCGUCGUCAAGGCGGUCGAAGAGUACAAGGAGCUGCGGGAAGGGUUUCGAAGCCCCAUGAGGAGCAUGACUGUCAAAUGA